CAUCAUCUACUAUCUCUUCGUGUCUGCAUACCCACCUCUAUAUAUACAUACAUACCCCUUGUUCUCCAACGCUAAGCUAUAAGGUUUUUGAGAAAUUUUUUCUGUUCAUUAAAAAACAAGAACCAAAAAUGGCAAAAGAGGGACCUAAUUGGGAUGGUCUACUAAAGUGGAGUCUGUCUCAUGCUGAUGGUACUAAUCCUUCUCGCAAUUUGAGUGAGGAGGAUAGGAGGUGGUUCAUGGAGGCUAUGCAAGCUCAAACUGUAGAUGUAAUAAAGAGAAUGAAGGAGAUUACUCUUGUCAUGCAAACUCCAGAGCAGGUCCUGGAAUCACAGGGGGUGACUUCCCAAGAUAUUGAAGAUAUACUGGAUGAGCUACAAGAACAUGUUGAAUCGAUUGAUAUGGCUAACGAUCUGCACUCAAUUGGUGGAUUGGUGCCUCUUCUUGGUUACUUAAAGAACUCCCAUGCUAACAUUAGAGCCAAAGCGGCAGAAGUCGUAAGUACAAUUGUUCAGAACAAUCCAAAGAGCCAACAACUGGUAAUGGAAGCUAAUGGCCUAGAACCUCUUCUCUCAAAUUUCACCUCAGAUCCUGAUGUUACUGCCCGCACUAAAGCUCUUGGUGCAAUCUCAUCUUUAAUCAGGCACAACAAGCCUGGCAUUGCUGCAUUUCGUCUUGCAAAUGGUUAUGCAGCUUUAAGAGAUGCUUUGGGUUCUGAGAGUGUGAGAUUUCAAAGGAAAGCCCUUAACUUGAUCCACUAUUUACUGCAUGAGAAUCGUUCAGACUGCGCUGUAGUGACUGAGCUAGGAUUUCCUCGAAUUUUUAUGCAUCUUGCCUCCAGUGAGGAUGGAGAGGUGCGAGAGGGUGCCCUGCGAGGCCUUCUUGAUCUUGGCCGAGACAGGACAGCAGCACAGGCAGUAGAUGGCUCUUCAAGUGAAGAUGAUGAAAAGCUCAAGCAAAUACUCCAGGACCGAAUUAAGGGGAUUUCCGCUAUGUCACCUGAAGAUCUUGGUGCUGCUAAAGAAGAGCGGCAGCUUGUAGAUUCCCUCUGGAAUACCUGCUACAAUGAGCCUUCUUCUCUUAGAGAGCAAGGCCUAGUUGUUCUCCCCGGAGAGAAUGAUGCAUUACCGCCUGAUGUUGCUAGUAAGCAUUUUGAACCACCUCUGAGAGCUUGGGCUGCAAAUAGGAAUGAGGAUACGAAGCCGAGUAGUGAAAAGAACCAGGCCCCAUUAUUGCUAGGCCUAGGUCCACCUGCACAGGAUCCUCCCGCCUAAAAUAGCUCCAGUGGAGCCAUGGCUGGGGAAGAAAAUAGAGAUGCUUCUGCAUGAUGUACGGUGUUUAGGAAAUACCAGGUUCUAUGUCUGAACAUAUCUGUGAUAUUACAUGUUAGAUGCCUAGUGUUUUCUGGAUAAUUUAUCGUCCUUCCCUCUCGUGGUGUCGGCCUUUUCAAAUUUUUUUUUUUUUUGAUUUGCUGUUUUACUAAAAUCUUCUGCAUGUAAUGCUGUAUUUUUUUUUGUUGUCAGCAUAUUUAGAACAUCAAUUGUUGGAUGUGAGUUUUAUCACCAUGUGGGAAUUUCAACCA